AGUCACCUUUUUGUGUUGCAGCACGAGAAUUGAACGAAAAGUAACUCCCCUUCCCCCUCUCCGCUCCAACACCUCACGGAGUAGGAGUCAGUGUUGUAAAGAAGAGGAUGAGAAAGAGGUUGCCUACACAGGUUUUUGUGCGUACGUGGCAUCAUCAGUGUACAACAUCGCAGCCUGCUUGCGGAACUGCUCACCGGGGAGGAAGGCAGAAUGAAUCGUUUGAAAUUAGCAGAGCUUUAAAUUAAACUUGUACAAACUAAGAUAAUCGCGUGGUGAAAGAAGAAACGCAGUUUUGGUGUCCAAUCGGCCGAACUACCGAACCGAUACAACUUGCAUUAGUAUCGCUUCCAAGAUACAGGUUCCAGGCUACAGGUUCCGCCCCAGUCAUAGGCCGCGUGUGCGUGCUGGUGUUGUUGCAUCGACACAGCCUCCCGCGAUCGAUACCCGAUCCCGGGCCAGCCAACCAACCAACCCAUCUCUCUACCCAGCAGUAUUUGUUGCAAAGUGAUUCCGCUCCGUUAGCGAGCGACCGUUGAUUGAUUCUGUAAGGCGCGCAGCGAUCGUUUUUCUCCUUCCGCUGGCAGCGAAGGAAGAAAACAAUUGCCGUGUACUGUUUGUUCUGGUGUCGCGUUUUACGUGCAUCAACCCGCGGGGCGCAUUUGUUGCGUCCUAAGCAGAAUUGACAUUUGCUUUUCGUUGUCAACACUGGUGAAGCUGUUUUCGCUGUGGUGAAUUAUCGGCUGAAAGUAUAUCAGUGUGUGUGUGUGUGUGUGUGAUUCGGAACUGAUCACUGCGUGUGCUAGAUUUGUUCUCCGCGUAGCCAACGUUGGUCAUCAUUAGCAGCAUGAUGAACAACAGCAGCGGCGAUGAGCAGGUCGAGUGUCCACUGUGCAUGGAGCCGCUAGAGGUGGACGAUCUGAAUUUCUACCCCUGUACCUGUGGAUAUCAGAUCUGUCGCUUUUGCUGGCACCGGAUCCGCACGGACGAAAACGAGCUGUGCCCGGCGUGCCGGAAGGCGUACCCGGAAAACCCGGCCGACUUUACGCCCCUGUCGCAGGAGCAGAUUGCGGCGUUCAAGGCGGAGAAGCGGCAGCGGGACCAGCAGCGGAGGGCGAAGAUUUCCGAAAACCGCAAACACCUGGCGAACGUGCGGGUGGUGCAGAAGAACCUGGUGUUUGUCGUGGGGUUGCCGCCCAGAUUGGCCGAUCCGGAGAUUCUGAAGAAACAUGAAUACUUCGGAAAGUAUGGUAAGAUCCAUAAAGUGGUCAUCAACCCUAGUACAACGUAUGCCGGUGUGCAGGGUCCCUCGGCGUCGGCGUACGUGACGUACAUCAACAACAACGACGCGCUGAGGGCGAUCCAAAGCGUUAACAACAUCAUGAUCGAUGGUCGACUGAUAAAGACGAGCUUAGGUACGACGAAGUACUGUAGCCACUUUAUGAAAAACCAAACCUGUCCCAAGCCGGACUGCAUGUACUUGCACGAGCUCGGCGACCAGGAGGCUAGCUUUACGAAGGAGGAGAUGCACCAAGGGAAGCAUCAAGAGUACGAGAAGCGGCUGCACGAUGCCAUGCAGGCGCAGUUAGGUCUGACGUCUGCAGCAGGAGGGCAUGGCGGCAACGGCAGUGGUAGUGCGGCGGCAACGGCAGCGACGGCGGCGUCCUCUGGUGGUGGUACGGCCACCGCGGCCCCGACCGCCGGCCUGGUGUCGUCGACGGCGGCGGCAGUAGUGGCGGCGUCGGCGACGACGGCAGCGGCGGCUGUUGCGGCGGGAACAACUGCAGGUGCGUCCUCCACGCUGGUGGUAAAUGGCGGCAGUGCGGGUAGUGCGGGUAGUGGUGGUGGUAGUGGUGAGAGUGGUGUGCCCAGGUCCGGCGGCAGCAGCACCAGCAGCAGUAACGGCGGCAGCAACGGCGGCAAAGGGACCAGCAAAACUUCGCCCGGCAGUGAUAUCAAACAGAUUAGCGACAUUACCAAUGGACCGAUACCGAGCAAAGAAGCGUGGCCCAGCUUAUCGACGACGCCGGUUGGCGGCAGCGCGCACGGCGGCGGAAGUAGCAAUAAGGAGAAUAAGCUUAACGGUAAAACAGCAGUUAAUGGGAAUAGCGCCGGCAACAAGGAAAACUCGAACCGAAGCGACCGAAAGCACGAAACGAAAUCUCGCUCGAAAGGAGGCAAAAACAAGCAGCAGCAGCAGCAGCAACAGCAGCAACAACACAACAACAAAAAUAGUCACGACAAUUCCAGUAAUCAUAAAGAUAGUACAAGCAACGUGACUAGUGCCAACGGUGUUGUUGCUGCUGCGAAGGGUGGCAGUGCGGCGUUGGUAAACGGCAAAGGAAGCAAGGCUUCGAACGGAAAGCAGCAGCAGCGGAACGGUGCUAGCAACGCCCCAGAAGCUCACGAGCAUGCGAUUGUGAACGGUAACAGCAAGGAGGCACAGAACAAUAGCAAAAACCUGAAGCAGCAGCAGCGCGAACGCGAACGGGAACAGCGGGAGCAGCAAUCCCUGCUCAAGGGAAGCAGUGAUAGCGGCGAGCAGCAGCAACAGCAGCAGCAGAAACAGCAGCAACCACCACAGAGCAAAAAGCGAGAAGCUAACGGCACCAGCAAUGGCCCCACGGCGACCAGCAUUAGCAAUGGGAACGCAAAUGGAAACGGCCAUAUUAUCAAUAAUGAUCUGGACGAUGACGAUGACGAGCUGGACUUUGAGGAUCUGGACAAUGACGCACUGUCGUCGGACAAUGAUGGCAAAACGGAUUCGCCUUCGUUAAGUAGUUCGGCUUCCUCCCGGAACGGAGCGGACAGUGAGACGGCUAGUGGUAAGAGCACCCCCGGUGCGUUUGUCGAUACGCUUAACAAUGGUGACAGCAAUGUGAUAGACGCUGGUGCAUCCGUCGGUGACGCUGUCGCCAGUAAGACCGACGCAUGUGAAACGAAUGCCAUACCAGCCGCCACCGAUGGGGACGCCGCGGAUUCGAACCGCAGCUCCUCGUCGCCAUCGUCGAGCUCGUCGAUGGGCGAUGAAAAGGCGGACAGCGAAAGUACUGCCCCGGUCGCCUCCUCAUCCUCGACUACAACCUCGUUGUACGGUGGGCUGGACGAUGGUACGGAUACCACCGCGGCCGUGAUCAGUGCGACGAUGGGCAAACUGUCCGUCACUGACACGACCGCCAGCAACGGUGGUAUCAUGAAUCACAAGUUUGCCAACGAACUGAUCGACCUGAGCGCGCGCUACGGUAAGCUGGAAAGCAUACUGGACGACAAUAGUAGCUUCUUCUCGUACAACACGUUCGAUCCGUACGGCAAGCCGAGUGCGGCUGGCAGCACGGACCUGGGCGUGGACAGUGGUAGCGGUAAUCAGAGCGUUGGUUUGACCUCUUCGCAACUUCCCGAUCUCUUGAGCGGUACAAACGACACAAACGAACAGCACGCAAAGGAGCUGUUGAAAAACAUGGGAAAUCUUCAGCAGCAGCAGCAGCAGCAGCAGCAUCAGCAACACCACCAGCUUCAGCAGCAUCAGCAUCAGCAGCACCUUCUGCAGCAAGUCGCCCGCUUCCAGCAGCAGCUCUCUGCCGGGCUUAUCGGCAACGGUGAUAGUAGCAUGAUUGGCGGUGCGGGCGAUGAGCUCGACCCAGCCCUCACCAAAUGCUUACUGCGGCAGAAGUACAUGGUGGAGGAUCAGCAGGAGGAGUGGCUUCGUCUGCACCAGCAGCAACAGCAGCAGCAACAGCAGCUGCAGCAGCAACAGCAACAGGAGCAACAGAAACGCAACCACCUGAACAAUGGACUGAAUGGACUACCGCCAUUCCAUAAUUUUAACGAAUUUGGAACGAAUGAUUUCUGGCACAAAACAUAUGCUAUGCGAAACAACUUCCUAAGCCAGCAGCAACAGCAGCAACAGCAGCAGCAGCAGCAACACCAACAACAGCAAAGGCUACAUACAGACAUGAGCCAGAUGUACGGAAAUGCAAACAUGUCCAAGUUGAACAAGUUCUUCGACUUCCACAAAAACCAGCAACAGCAGCAACAGCAGCAGCAGCAGCAAUUUUUACUCAAUGGACAAAAUUCACUCCCGCAGCAGGCGCUUGACAUGAACUUGCUAGCGCUGGAAAACAGCCGUUUGAACAACCAUUUCCUUGAUCAACACAACGAAAAUUUGUUAAGCUCCCAGCAGCUACACAAGCAGCGGCUGCUUAACCUUGGCGCUCACAAUCCGCUCCUGAACGGUGGAGAUCGCUCCAUGCCGCAGCACAAGGCAUCGGUAGCGGCAGCAGCAGCAGCAGCUGCUUCGCAGUCGCAACAGUCGGGCAGCAGAACCCAAUCGCAGCCGCAGUCACAGUAUCCCCAAAACCCGACCGCCGACGAUGACCUUGGGUUCGAUCCGUUCCUGGAAACCCAGAAGGCACUGGCCGAGCUGAUGAACGAUGAAAUGAAUCAGCAGCAGCUGCCUCAGAGCGGCUCGAACCACAGCAAGGUGCUAGAGAAUGUUCAGCAGCAGCAGCAGCAGCAACAGCAGCAGCAACAGCAACAACAGCAGCACCAGCACCAGCAACAGCAUCAACAACAGCAACGUACCCGCAUGCCACCGCCUGGCUUCAACCACAUGAACGCUUUCGGAUUUGGUGUACCACGGGCACAAGGCAGCAAAAUUCUACCCUUCAUGAACGGUGGUAUGCAAAUGCCGAAUGGACAGCAGCCGCAGCAGCCGCCUCAGAACGGCAACUGGAAUCAGCAGGUGCAGCAACCCUUCCUAGGAUAUCAGCAAAAUGAGCACAUGGCUCAGCCGCAGAACGGACUCAACAAAGCAGUUGCAAACACAGCGUAUGGCAAUAAUCUCACCGACUGGACGUCGAUGGACCCGGCCAUCGUUUCUUACCGUCAGUUCUCAUUUAUGAACGGACCAAACCAACCGGCCGGGGGUGAUCUGUUUCUGAACGCUCAGCAACAGCAGCAACAGCAGCAGCAGAUGAAUCAGCAGCAAAAUCUUCAACCUGGACAAGGUUUCGGACACCAUGGUCUCAACUUGCAGUCGAACCUGAUGGGUCAACAGCAGCAACAGCAGCAGCAACAACAACAAGCAAAUCCACAGCUUAACUUUUCUCAUGUCAACAUCAUCAACAACGAGCGAAACGUUUUCAUGUACGAAGUAGCCAACUGCGGUUUCCCGAACGGCUUCGACAAGUACUCGAUCCCGAUGCCACCGGGCUUUCAGAAUAACGUCCCCGGCAACAACAAGCAGAAAACCGAAUGCAUCAACUAAGCAUAUGGCAUGGCAGCAUAAUACAGACAAAACGUAAACUCAACAAACACAACACAAGUAAUCACACAUUUCCGAUUGGCGCCGAUGCUGAGCGCCUGGGACAGCUCCAAGCAAGCAAGCAUCAUCAUCAUCAGAACGGUGCAGCGCAAACAACAUAACAAAAAAAAACUACUAUGUCAGCUACCCGCCGCGCUUGGUUUGGUGCGCCUUCUCCCACUUCCCGAACACAGUGAGGCGCGCCCGGACGCUAAUGCGACCAAAACAAAACAUUCUUCGAUGGUGUUUCCUCGUGCACAAAUUCACUUCUGCGCAUGUGAUGAGAUGUGGUGUCGUCGAGAGCUAGCAUAGGAGAGCAAGCGAGAGUGUGCAGUAAGUACUCUAGUCUACUACCUUCGUUUAUUAUUUUUUUGUAAGUGCGUCAAAAAUGAAACAUGGAUAUAUUGCGACAUAAAAAGCAGAGCACAAAACACAGAAUUUUCAUUAACCCAUCCCUCAGUGACAUUAUGAUCAGUUUACAGAGGUUUUCCUACUGCAGUGUACGUGUUAAAGAGAUGCGCCUAAAAAUGACCUAUCCCUACCCGAAUUGGAAAAAAAUCCGAUGAAAGUGGUAGUAGAUGAUGGAUACGCGUGCAAUGGUGGUAUGUUGCGUUCGAGAACGCCGUAAUUGCGAGAUACAUAAAAGUGCUAGAAAAGUUAAUAGCCUUACACUCUACUAUCCGUGUUUUAUCGUUGGAGGUUUUUUUGGUACGAAGGACAAACUGGUUCGAUCGAUUUUGAUCGGCAUUUGAGAUGGUUCAAAAGGAACAAAAAAAAACCCCUUUCGAUAAAACGCCGAUGACUAGUGUGAGGCAAAGAAGUGGAAAGCUUUGGAACAAAACUCGAGGACGCAUCAGGAUGUAGGGAAAAGCAAAUUAAGAUUUCAGUCGGUGAUUCCGGAACUGGGUAGAAGUGAUCUUAAUGGUAUGACGGUGUUUCCCUUGCGAAGGCAGGGAUACACUCGAUCAGAUAGCUGGAUGGCGGUUUGGUUGGUUUGUGGUUGCUGCCAUACCCCGUGUUAUAACACAUUUUGUGGUAGCUGUGAAACAUAUAGCUAUAGUCGCUAUAGGAUGUGCUGUUAUGCGGACGUGUUAUGUUGGAAACCAUGAUUCUAGUCAAUCCGCCUUCGGCCCAUUGAGAUUAGAACAAAAAAGCAGGUCGAUGAUAGAGCUGGUGAGACUGUUUACGGUAUACUCUCUCAGCAGUUGUAUCGUUGAAGGGUGCUGUUUGGGAUGCAUACAGAUAUACACUGAAGGAGCUAGAUUGAAUCGGUUCUUUCAUGCAAAUAAACAAAACAAAUACCAGAAAAUAAUAAAGAAGCAGACCCUUUCCUAAUGUCUGAUACACUGUUUUCCGGAUCAGUUUCUAGUGUGAACAGUAUUAUUCAAGAAUCACGAGAGGUUUUUUCAACAGCCCAGCUGUCACAAAUAAUGACAGCUGUUGUAAAACAUCUUGCAAGUUUUGAAUUAUGCUGUUCAAAUUGAAAACUGACCCGGAAAACAGUGUAAUAAGAAGCAAAAUUAUUAUGGGCUAUUCGGCCAAUAGAGCAGCAGAGAGUAAACCAAGAAACUAGACUAUUACAAAAGUAUCGAUCGGCACACAUAUAAUAUUGAUCGGUUGGACGUAGCUUACUUGACAUCUUGCCAUAUGCGCUGGACACAUGUGGACACACAACAGCACACCAACGAAGCAUUUUUUUUCACUCUUUUGGUUCGCUAUUAUUACACCUAGAAGAACUUUAUGUUCCUUUUUACAGUCGUAAAUCGAUCGUAAUUUUAAACAAUUUGCAUACACAUGAUAAAGUAAACAUAAUGAGUUUUUAUAACAGUUACAAAUCCUAGAUUGGGAUGUUUUCACAGCGCAGCACUGUAAGGAUGCAAAAUUUGAUCGAACGCGAAGCAGCAGUAGGUGCGCAAUCGGAAAUGUGAUGAUGAAAAUUAUAUUACUAUUUCACAAUUAUUAUUGGUUAUUAUUGAUUACUGAAUUUAUAUUACAAACAUGGCCCUUCCCCCUAGUAUCACAAUGGGGGAACUUGUAAGAUCAUGAUGGGUAAAAUCAUAAUAUGCAAUAUACACAUAUAAAUAUAUAUAUAGUUAUAUAUAGUUAUACAACAAAAAGCUCCACAAUCGAGAACUGCUGCGGCAUGUUGAGGAAAACUGCGGGGGACAUGAUAAUGAUCGAUAAUUGUUUUUUAAGAUCGUUUUGCUGCAACAAUCCAUGCUACAAGUAGUCAGCAACAGAGAGCAACAACACUUUGUGCAGGCAGGGAAGCAAAAAAGCAUGAUGCUUCAAAAGAAAGGUGUGUAUUUUACUGCUUUGGAAUGAUCGACAACGCUGUCAGCUGAACGCGACGAACAGAAACAAUGUGCAAAGUGUGCGAUCGUGUGUGAGAGAAGAGAUUGGUUCGAGCGGGGUCAAUUGCAAACGUUAAGGGUGCAUCGAAUACGCGACGAACCUUAUCUGCAUCUCUAUUACGUUCGUACCUUCCCUUUGCACACACAGAUAGGUUUGCAAAAUCUGACGGCUGUUGGGAUUAUUUGAACGGUCACUUGCUCCUUUCCCCCGUUUCGACGAACGGACUCGUAUGCUUUAUUGCCCUGAAAAACUUAAACCUUCGCUGCGUUGAUCGCAUUGGCGGUUAGGUAUUGAGGUUCUGAAAAGGAAAGAUGUUUUCUAAACAAUGAAACUGCCUUUUAUCUCGAUGUGUGUUGCUCCUGUUUACUAUCUGCUGGAUUUGGAAACGACCCCAUGUGUCUUGAUCCAUGGAAGCGUUCCGCAGCAAACAAAUCUAACCUUUGCCUUGUCAAUGGUGAACAUCAUGUGCAAAUGGAUCGAUAGACCACAAUUAAGAAGUCUCCCGUGUACCCCUACGGAAAGAGAAAUGUUGCAACGUUGCUGAUAUAUUGAAACAUAACGUAACGUGAUUGUACAAUACCUGCUGCUGUUAAGAGCUGUUAUAACAGAUGCAAAAGUACAUACACAAGAGCACAUACACACCAGGCUGUGCUGUGCUGAAACAAAACUGCUAAGAGCUGAUGCUGCUAAUGAACACGAUAUAUAGACGACGAUAAACCUACUGUCUACUGCUACCACUUACUACUACUGCUACCACAACUACUCCACACUAUUAUGUGCGAAACUCGAUGUACGAAACACAGAAACAGUCGCUCCCGCGGUCGAUAAAGAUGCAUUUUUAAAAAGGAAGUCGCAUCGCAAACAUGAGACAAAAGAGAGAGAAAGAGAAAGGUAUAGAGAGAGAUUGAACCAGGAGAAAACACAGAGGAAACUCAACACAAAUUGUAGCAAAUUAAACACACGCAUCGCCGGAGAGUAGCUAAAUGUAAUCGUAAUCGUAACAGAAAACAUUUUGUGUUGGAGAUCACACAACUCGCGGGGUUAAAGGGAACCCUCGCGUGGGCGUGUGUGCUAGGUGUGUGUUGGUGUGUAGGAAGAGCGGAAAGAAGAGGAAGCUCUAGGGCGUCGAACAGCGCAAGAGAAAGGUGAAGAAAAGACGAUAUAAACCGAAGCAUAAGGAAGAGAAUAUAAUACAAAAGAAUAAAAAAAAUGCAAAAUUGAAAA